CCUUUUCGUCACUCAGAAUUGGGCUUAAACAACCCCCAGCUCUCAACCAGAGCCAGACCCUCCACUUUUCAUAUUCUCAAGUUCUGUCACCUCUGCUAACUUUAACGUUCUGACGUCAUGUCUCCCCUGCUCGUGCCUCAUACAGCCGACUCCACCGUGACGUCACCCCGCGACGUCGCCCCGUUCUUGGUUACGCUCGACGCAGGAGGGGUUUUUAUGACGUCACCGCCCGGCUCCCUCGUGACGACGUCACGCCGUAAGCCCGUGUUUUAUUUUUGUCGACACAGCUCGUCGCAGCGUUACGUCGACCAACGUCACUUCCCGCGCUCAGCUGUAGGGGACGGGCAGAGGGCUCCGAGAGAGUUUCGCUCCCGAGGAUACUCGGCUCGCCCUGACGCCGCCGCCGUCUCACACACACCCCGCCGCGCACAUCGCGAGCGCGUUAGCAAGGAUUCUACCCACGGCCGUCGUCUCGUUCCUCCACACAGCCCUGCGGCGCGUGGGGGUGGCGGGCAGGCGAGACGCGGAGCCGCCCCGCAGACACUCGACAAUGGCGGAGGAGGCGCGGAGCGCGGCGCGGCCCGGGUCCCCGCGGCCCGGCUGCUCCUCGCGCGUGGCGAGGACGGGCGGCGUCGGCGCGGGCAGCGGCAGCAGCGUGGUGCACAGCCUGGCGCGACAGCGGCUCGGGCAGCAGCGCCUCGCCAGCGUGGUGCAGAUGCCAGAACCAGUACUGAAGUUACGAGACAAGCGAGCCAAGUGGAAUAACAUUCCCCAGUCAAUUCGCCGUCUCUACGACAACAGUCAACCACACAACAUCAAUUACACAGAAUGCAUCUCUACCCUCCAGGAUCUCAUUUCAUUGAUGACUGUGGAAGGGAUGGAUUACAGUGCCGAUUAUGGGAAGGUGCCCCAGCCAGCAAAGUUCAUUAAUGCCGACGUGUUUGACCUCUUUGGAGGAGUGGAGCUGCUCGUGGAUGUCCUGAUGAGACCAACGUUACUCCCACAGGACCAAAGCAAGCUUAGAAUACAAAUGCACCUGACCAAAGCGGUGCUGGAGGUGCUGCACAAUGUCUGCAUGUGUACGGAACGCGUGGCCAAGCGCCUCUCCGAGCGGCUGGAGUUCGUCAUGUAUCUCUUUACGCUGAUGUCAGAGAAGAGAGGCUACCUGCAGGCAGCCUCGCUCAUGGAAGACGUGCUGGGCACAAAAAAGGAGAUGAUCCUGCUGGAGGAGAUCCCGGACCUGGUGAAGCUCAUCGCCCGCUUCGACCAGCACCAGUUCGCCAACUUCUGCCGUGUGCUCUCGGUGAUGGUGUCCGAGCUGGAGCCAGCGGGAGACGAGAACCAGACGCUGCUGGCUCAGAACGAGCAGCUGCGCAGGCACUGCAACCCCACGUCGGCCGAGGUGAACCAAGCAACGCUGCUGAACAUCCCGGGAAUCGUGAAGCGACUGUGCGAGCUCGCAACGCAGAAGACGACCGAGAGGCAGAGCCCUUUCGUCUUCCUGCAGGAGCUCGAGCACUGGCUCAACCUGAUGGACAACUCCAUCGCCCUGGACAUGACCACGUACAUCGUGGACGAGAGCGACUUGGAUACGAGCAUGGAGAUGGAGCACAGUGACCACCAUAUGAUCGACCAGCUCCCGCUCACCAUGCACGAGGUGUACAAGGUGGAGGUGCUCUACCUGCUGUGCGUGCUGCUGACGGGAAAGCACCGCGACCAGGUACACAAGCUGCUGGCAGAGUUCCGCUUGAUUCCUGGCCUGAAUGAUCUCUUCGAGAAGCUCAUCUGGAAAAAUCGCUCGCACAACCACCGGCUGCACAGCCCCAACCAGAACUGCGACUGCAGCCCAGACGUGGCUCUGAAGAUCCAAUUCUUGAGGCUCCUGCACAGCUUCAGCGACCAUCACGAGAAUAAGUAUUUACUUCUGAAUAGACGGGAGCUGAAGGAGCUCGGUGCCAUUGCGCUCGAAGCCAAAGUCUCAGAAACCAAAGCGGUGGUCAACACAGACAGGAGGCUGAUGUGUCAAGGGGAAAAAGGGCUCCUCUCCAAGCUCAUCGAGGUCAUGAAGGAGGAGCCCCCCGAGUCUUCGUUCAGAUUUUGGUUAGCGAGGGCAGUUGAGAGCUUCCUACGUGGUGCUACCUCAUAUGUUGAUCAGAUAUUCCUACUCAGACGAGGGUUAUUAGAGCACAUCCUGUCCUGCAUCAUCGACAGCGAAAGCACGUCCAGGGACAUCUUGCAGAGCAACUUUGAUUUGCUCGGAGAGCUCAUGAAGUUCAACGUCAAAGCCUUCAAGAUGUUUGACACAUGCGUAGACACUGAAGAAAAGUUUCAGAAAUUCUUGGCGCAGAUCAACAGCUCCCUGGUGGACUCAAACAUGUUCAUCCGCUGCAUCGUACUGUCGCUGGAACGCUUCUCUCAGACCGACGACUCCACCGUCGCGGAGGUGAUGCUGCAGUGCCGUCUGCUGACAUACAUGGCGAGCGUGGAGAACCAGCUCACCAUCCUGAUGCGCCUCAUCAGCAUUGUCCAGGUGGAGACACUCACUCAGGAAAACGUGAGCUGCCUGAACACGAGCCUCGUGUUCCUGAUGCUAGCCCUGCGGCGAGGGGGGCUGCCCAUCUACCUGAACGCACUGCGGGAGAAGGAGCUGGCUGACAACAAGCCAGGCCACGUGCUCACCAACUUCCACUCUCUGCUGCAGUUCUGGCAGACGCACUACCUGAACAAAGACAAGGACAGCACCUCCCUCGAGAACAGUUCCUGCAUAAACUUCAGCUAUUGGAAGGAAACCGUGUCCACUCUGCUGGACGAAGACCGCAGCUCCCCCUACGCCCUGCUCAGCUACGUGCGGCCGUCCUGCCUAGGCACUGACUCCGAGAACACCUGCAGUGAAAACUGAUCGAGCCUCCGCCAGGCUUUGUGCAAUGUCCCAAGAAACAAGUGCUUAUUAUUAUUUCUGUUUGACACGGGGAUGCUGCUGUGUUUUGGGUUCGGGGUGAAGUGUUGCUGAUGAAUUGGGUAGGGGGGAAAUAAUGUCUGGAGAAAUUUUGUGGAGAUCAUGUAAAUCACACGGUGCAUCAUCACAUUUUAAAAAAAAAAUCUGUCUAAAAUAAACAACUUUUUAUUGGACAAAUAAUUAAUUUGUAACAAAGUACAUAGCUAAAUAAAGCAAAUAUUGAAACAUCAGUUCAUUUACAAUUGCCACGCUUCAGUUAUUUUACUGUAUAAAAAUGUGUAUUGAGAAUCUCAGUAUGUGCCUUUAAAGCAAAGGCUCUGUUUGGGAUGUGUGCUGUGGCUUCCUAAUUUUUGUUUUGAACUGUUCAGAGAAAAAGUAUUAUUAAUAUUACUUUUUUGUAUUUGGACUUAAAAUCAGCAUUUGAUUUGUAAUUUUAGUACGGUAAAAUCAUUUAAUAAUUUUUUCAAACACUUGGUUAAAACUGUAACAUUUGUUAAAUAGCACCUUAAACUCCUUGUAUAAUUAUUACUGGUGACUUGGAUAAAGAUUAAAUGCAUCCAUUCUCAAAAUGUUUAUGAAAGCAACCAGCUAUUUCGUUUGUGUGAAUUAAGGUUUAAACAUUAAACUAAACUUUUUAUUUUACCAGGUAAGAUACAGCCCACUGAGUUAUACAGUAAGUCCCCAAUGGAAAUCCGACCUUACAGAAAUGCUCCCAUAAAUGAUGUUAAAACAAAUUCAACAUGCGGAAUUUUUUGCGUUUCUUAAGCGCAUAUAGUGCAGCGCGGUGAGGUUGCAGAUGAAUCCCGGAGCAAUUUACACCAAAGUGCGCAGCUUUCACCGAGCCCCGAGGUAAAUGGAAUGUUUUGUAGCAUUGUCAUUGUUUUAUAUGCUUACAACCAUCUUUUUCCCAUGUUUGUAUUGGUAGUGUCCUUCAUUUUAAGUUUAUUUCAUGAGUUAUUUACUGUAUGUACUUUAUUUAACACAAUUAUACUUCGAUUGCUUAUGGUCUUAGCUAACAGCGAUCAGAGAUGUCUAGGCCUAGCCUAAUGCACGGUAAACGAACAUUCGGAAGUGGCUCUCUGUUAACAAUAUAAAAAUAUUUCGUGGUAUUCAGAAACAAUUGGAUACAGUAUAUGUUCCAUUAGUUUAAUUAUGGGUAGUGUAGGGGUAGAUAUUCGAUAAAUGAAUCAUAGAAAGUGCAGAGGGUAUGCACAGCGAUGUGAUACCGAGAUAAAACGAACUAGUAAUUGGGUAUGGGAGGCACAAUUGUUUUCGGGGAUGGGAUUUCAUCUUGAUUUUGGGGGAAAAUUGUUCAGUUUCCGACAUACAGAAAAUGUGGGUUAAGGAUCGUUCUCAGGAACGUAACCCAUGAACUGUUUGUGUAGCUCUUUUUCAGAAGCUAUCUGGCCACAAAUGAUAAAAUGGCUUGUGGAAAUUUAUAGCAGCCAAAUACUUAACGCAUAUUAAUUCUAAAUGUGGAGGGAAAAACCAGAGGACCUGCAGAAAAAUCCACGCGACCACAGGGAGAACAUGCAAACUCCAAACACAGGUGUCGGGAUCGAGUUUAUGAUUUGCAUACCAGGUGAGAUAGUUAACAUCUCCCCACCACGGCACCCAAGGAUGAUUGACUCGAGGCUAGUCCAGGGCACACGUUCAAACGGGUUUGCUGCUAAUUUAAUAUUUCCAAUACGUUCUUAAACACGAAUGCAAUUAAAGCGUAUUACAUAUGCAUAUGGGUAAACUAAAAAACUUCCAAAUUUCAGUUUUGUAACAGGACACAUUCUAUUGACUGCAUAUAGAAUGUCUAUUUUUAUGUUAAUGAGUAUUAAUGUCAUGGCGCUUUGGGUGGCAAAUGUGCCACGUUUAAGCAAACAAAAUUUACUUGACAACAGUAAUUACAAUAUUGCUAAUGCCCCAGAAAAUAGCAUUACAUCAGGGAUAAACAAUAUUGUUCCUGCACUGUCACAGAAACGUUUCCAACAAUGCAACUAGCCAUAUAUGUGGUGAUCUAUAAAAAACAUAGCACAACCGUUACUGUUUCAAAAUGACUGUACAACAUUAAAAUAUCUUUGAAUUAAUUGCUGGUGCCAUCACUUCAAUGAACUCCCGAGUGAACAAGGCCAUACAAGUCUGAUGCCAACAACCCUGGCACGUCACACGUUUGGACCAUGAUGCUGCCUUUGAAAGUAAUAAUUUCAACUUGUAAUGCACCCACGGCAUACGCUCAUUUGGAGUGAGGCGCGACAAGGAACCACAGUGCAGUCUGAAGUUUUUUUUCUCAGCCAAUGUGGAAGUAAACCCACCCAUGCGAGGGGACAAAAGUGAGAGCAGUCAGAGUGACUGAAGUGCUAACAUUGCGUUGUUCUGGGGGUUGUAAUCGGCACAAGCUGGCAACUGUUGUUGAUCAGGCCAUGUCUGUUCGGCAUGGCAAGUCCAUCUGAUGGUCAAAAGCAUCCUUCCUAGCAGCUGCACUUUUCACUGGAAAAUGUUUUAGAACUUAUUCUGAAGUCGAUAUUCAUAAACCUUGAGAGAAUCUACUGGGGCUCUGACCAUCCCCCCACAAUGAAGGCAGCACUGCAAUGUCCACACCUCAUUGUUGAGAUUGAGCGAGAUUGUAGAGCAUCAAACAGGAAGUGGUGCAUGCUGCUCUAAUGCUGACUCAAAUACUUGAGCGCUUGAUGAAUAUUAAGUUUUUGAUAAAUUAACACCACAAUCUGCAGCAUCAUGGUCACCUACCUGGUAGGGACUUACAUAAAUGGCAUUGAAUGGGUGAAGACAGGCUGUGAAUAUGUAUGUUUUUGAACUUAUUUUCCACCAUACGUAGCCAACCGUGUUAAUCAGAGGUCAAUCUGUCUGAAAAUAUAACAAGUUCUAAAAGUCCUGUAUUAGAAUACUCUGUAUAUAAUGCCAUAACGUAUCUGAAUAGGUUUAAAAGUAAUUGUAAAUUAACUAUACAGUACCAUGUUUGAAUCGUAAAACGUGCUAUCAAUAGUGGUACCUGUUCACGCUAAAGCUAUUGCCGAUUAGGUUGUCAUUGAAGAAGCCUGUGCUGCGGCUCUAACUGGUGGCUGUCCCUGCUCGUAUUAUUUUAAACAAUGCGUUCACAUUGUUCGUUUUGAUAGCUUCACGGCAGGCAGAUAUCACCAACAUCUUUGGUUUUCCCGCUGCGAAGAAAAAAACACCGAGUCAGAAUGAAAAUACUACCACAUUGAUUAACAUUUCUAAUAAAAAAAAUAUAUUUAAA